AUGGCCAAGGGGAGUUUCCAGCACGAAGCAAAUGCAACCGGUACUGGAGGCUGGGAAGACGCAUUCAAAAAAGCGUCAUCUCUUACGGCUCAGCUGAACCUUGACGAAAAGGCUUUCGUUGUGACUGGUGUCAACGGGCCCUGCGUGGGUAACAUUCCUGCCAUACCUCGGGUCGGAUUUAAAGGCCUCUGUCUUCAGGAUGGGCCUCUCUCGCUUCGACAAAGCAGCUAUUCAAGUGUAUUUCCAGCAGGAUUAUCCACCGCGGCAACAUGGGACCGGGACUUGAUGUACCAACGUGGUGCUCGCAUUGCGGCUCAGUUUAAAGCCAAGGGUGCAAAUAUCAUCCUAGGACCUGUGGCUGGACCGCUUGGUCGGUCUGCUCGUGGAGGAAGAAACUGGGAAGGAUUUUCUCCAGAUCCCUAUCUAACAGGAGUUGCCUUCUCCCAAACAAUUGAGGGAACACAGUCCCAAGGUGUGCAAGCUUGCGGAAAGCACCUGAUUGGCAAUGAACAAGAAACGCAACGGAGUCCAAGUUGGGAUAGUAGCGGCCAAAUGCAAGACGCCGUAUCUUCCAACAUCGAUGAUCGCACGAUGCAUGAAAUGUAUUUGUGGCCUUUUGCAGAGGGGGUGCGAAGUGGAGUCUCCUCGAUUAUGUGCAGCUAUAACCGAGUCAAUGAGACAUAUGCCUGCAAUAACGACGCGGUCAUGGACAAACUUUUGAAGACAGAACUUGGCUUCCAAGGUUAUGUUAUGACGGAUUGGUGGGCUUUGCAUGGGGACGCUUUGCCUGGCAUUCAGCCAGGUUUGGACAUGCUUAUGCCCGGGCCACUUUCUGGAAAUACAUCACAAUUUGGCUAUAACCUCACUUCCCUGGUACAAAAUGGAGAAUUACCCGAAUGGCGCCUUGAUGACAUGGUGAAUCGAGUUUUAACGCCAUACUUCUACCUUAACCAGGAAAACUAUCCUACUGUCGAUCUUGACACGGCCCAGAUUGGGGGUCAAACCUGGGGAGCCGAUAUUCCAACAUAUGAUUAUACUUUCAACACAGGCAAUUUGUCUGACAUCAACAGAGAUGUACGCGGCAACAGUAGUGCCUUUAUCCGGGAAAUUGGCGCGGCAGGCACUGUUCUUCUCAAGAAUGACGACAAUUUACUCCCGCUGAAGAACCCAGGUCGUAUUAUUGUGAUAGGAAACGAUGCUGUGGGCGCAACUGGAGGACCAUAUUGGCCAGACAAUACUAAUGUGGUGUUGGCCGUUGGUGGUGGCUCAGGGACUGGGCGAAUGACAAAUUUAAUCUCACCCCUGGAAGCAAUUAAACAGCGCAGUCCUGAUGCUUUUGUUCAAGCAGUUACCAACAACGAAGGCAUCUACCAAAACACGAUGAAUACCCUCUAUCCAGCUGCUGAUGUAUGCCUAAUCUUCCUCAAAGCCUUCUCUGGCGAGGGUGCAGACCGACAAACUUUAUUGCCGGAUUACAACUCAGAAUGGGUGGUUUCAAAUGUCACCAGCAACCCCGCUAUAUGUCCCAAGACAGUCGUGAUAAGUCACUCGGCCGUACCUAACGUACAUCCUUGGGCGGACAAGGUCACUGCAAUCAUCGCUGCUCACCUUCCCGGUGACCAAGCAGGCAAUUCUCUUGUUGACAUUUUGUACGGUGACGUUAAUCCAUCUGGGAAACUUCCAUACACAAUAGCCUUCGAAGAAAGCGACUACAAUGCUCCAAUUGCGGAUUUUACAAAUAAUAACAAUGGUGAUCAAAACCUUUGGCAAUCGGACUUCACCGAAGGAUUGAUGCUUGACUACCGCCACUUUGAUUCUAGCAAUAUCCAACCACGGUAUGAGUUUGGCUUCGGUCUGUCAUAUACGAACUUCUCUUUGUCCAACAUUCAAAUUGCGACUACCAGCAGCGACAUUUCGCCCUAUCCAGCUAGUCUAAACGGAGAUCUUCCUCCACCCGGCGGUAAUGCUGACUUGUACACCGUUGUUGCUAGUAUAAACGUGACCAUUGAGAACACAGGCCAGGUUGCCGGGCGUGCAGUGCCACAGCUGUAUCUCGGAUUCCCAUCGAACCCAGUUAGCGGGGACACAACACCAAUUCCCGUGAAAGUUCUUCGCGGGUUUGAAAGAACCCGCUCUUUGGAUCCAUCUGAGUCGGUCACGGUGAAAUUUGAUCUUCGGCGCAAAGAUGUGUCGUCAUGGGAUGUAGUUAAUCAGGAGUGGGCCAUUCCAUCAGGGACAUUCAAAGUGUUUGUUGGACAGAGCAGUCGUGAUCUACCUUUGGUUGAAAACUUGGGCUUUGUGAAUUAA